UCGUGACGUCACUUCCUCCCGGGCCGGCAGAGGUUGGAGCUCCGCGACUGAGGGCGGGGGUACGGAGGUGGCAGCUGAGCUAGGAGGCGACCCGGAGCUCGAGCUCCGACCUGUCUCCGCGCUCCGGGCAGCGACCCUGACCCUGCAGCGCACCGUGACUCGGAACCGGCCGGAUGGGCCGCUGAGCCCGAGGCGGGGAACGUGUUGACCCCCCUUCCCCCCCUGGAGCUGAGAUCAGGAUGUUCCGCUUCAUGAGGGACGUGGAGCCCGAGGAUCCCAUGUUCCUGAUGGACCCGUUUGCCAUUCAUCGUCAGCACAUGAGCCGCAUGCUCUCUGGUGGCUUUGGUUAUAGCCCCUUCCUCAGCAUCACAGAUGGCAACAUGCCGGGGACCAGGCCUGCCAGCCGCAGAAUGCAGGCAGGGGCUGUCUCCCCAUUUGGGAUGCUAGGAAUGUCUGGUGGCUUCAUGGACAUGUUCGGGAUGAUGAAUGACAUGCUCGGGAACAUGGAGCACAUGACAGCUGGGGGGAACUGCCAGACCUUCUCGUCCUCCACUGUGAUCUCCUACUCCAACACGGGCGAUGGCGCCCCCAAGGUCUACCAAGAGACCUCAGAGAUGCGCUCAGCACCUGGCGGGAUCCGGGAAACUCGGAGGACUGUCCGGGACUCGGACAGUGGACUGGAGCAGAUGUCCAUUGGCCACCACAUCCGAGACAGGGCUCAUAUCCUCCAGCGCUCUCGAAACCACCGCACGGGGGACCAGGAGGAGCGGCAGGACUACAUCAACUUGGAUGAGAGUGAGGCUGCGGCCUUUGAUGAUGAGUGGCGGAGGGAGACCUCCCGGUUCCGGCAGCAGCGCCCUCUGGAAUUCCGGCGGCAUGAGGCUUCUUCAGGUGGGGGACGGAGGGCAGAGGGUCCUCCCCGCCUGGCCAUCCAGGGACCUGAGGACUCCCCCUCCCGACAGUCCCGCCGCUAUGACUGGUGAAGGCCCUGUGCCUCAGGCUCUCUUGUACAGGCUGAGAAAUCAUCCUUGAAAUAACUUUCCAGCUCCCACCCCAAUUUAAUAUUAAAUUAACAAGCAAGCUGGCCCCCACCUCUCCCUGGGGGUCUCAGGGAGAACCUUUCAUUGCCCCAGCCCACUGUCUGUCUUCAGGCCCCUUCCCACCAUGCCUCCACCUGUCCUGUGUCCAUUAACUUGAGUUUUCACUUUGCUGCUCUAUCUCCAAACCUCCUCAUCACCCCAUUGAGCCCUGCCAUGCACUGACGGGUCCUCGGGGUGCAGGGAUCUCCCCUUUCCCUCAGCUGCCCCGGCUCUUCACCAUCUCUUCCUCAGCCCCCACCAAAGGCGCUGCAGCCCUGUGGGGCGGGGUGGGAGCAGACUGGUCCCAACCCUUCCAUCCUCUGCUCCCACACAUCAAUCACAGAACUCUCCCCCAUGUCUUCCUCUGCCUUUAUUUUUUGAUUUGUGCAACUUUAACUAGGUGUUUAUGGAAUAAAGGAGAAUGGGAAAAGA